GAAAAUCCUGAUAACAUGGGCUGCAACACAAGUCAAGAGCUACCGACCUACAACGCUCAGCUGGAUAAUAGUAAUGUUGACACAGAAGAAACAACAGAAACCCUUGACGGGGAUAUAAAGCAAGUCGAAGAGGCAGCCACAAAGAUCCAAGCAGCGUUUCGCGGUCAUCAGGUGCGAGUGAAAAUGAAACAAGGAGACGUCAACGGCAGUCAACCACCGCAAAGCCCUGGUGCGGACGGGGAGCGAGAACCGACCAAAGAAGAGCUGGAGGCCGAAUUUGAUCCCAACGAUGCGGAGCUCACCCACGCUGCCACUCGUAUCCAGGCAUGCUUCAGAGGGCACAUGUCCCGGAAAGAAGAAGCUAAGAAGGACGACGGCGAAGACAAGAAAGAGGAAGUUGAUAUUGAUGAAUUAACUAAGAAGGUUGCUGAGGAACUGGACAUCGAUAUGGACGAUCCAGAAUUGCAUAAAGCAGCCAGCAAAAUUCAAGCUUCUUUCCGUGGUCACAAAGUUCGUAAAGAUGUUCCAGUGAAGACGGACAGCAAAUAGAUCACCAAUCCAUUCAAAAACAAUAUAUCGUAAACAAUUUUGAAUAAUGCAAACAUUACAUACAUAUUUGAAGAGCAACAUUGAAAACCCUCCUUUGGGACGAGAUAAGUGAAGAAAUCUGGAAUGUAUUGGAACAAAACAGUUGUUAUUAUUUUAUAACUUUUAUCAGAGACAAAGUCCUAAUGAAACAAUACCGACAAGAUGCACCUAAUUGAACAAAUACAAGAGAACCGACUUUAUACUUUGCAAAAGAAAUAUUUGUGGCACACCACUUUCCACCAAUAUCACAGAAAAUUUAAUGAAGAACUGCAAAUAAGACAGUUCACAUGACAUGGUUACUUUGAAAUUGACACACUAAUUGCAAUUUAUAGUAGUUACACUUGACUCUAUACAGAUAUUCAUUUCAUAGUCAAACUAAGAAUAGGAAAGACUACAUGUCAUAGGAGAUCGAAAUAAAAAUUCAAAAUCACAAAACUAAACUUGACGUUAUACAGUUUUAAAAGCAGUAAUUGGUAAUAUCAACAAAAUGUGACAAAACUACUGAAAUAAAAACUAGGAAUAAAUUAUGCAUGAAUACAAUGAGCUUUAAAUCCCGAUCUAAACAAA